AUUCAUGAAGAAAAGAAAAGGCCAUGCUGUUCUAAAUGUAGAAAUCAUUGUGUAUUGAGUCCAUUGAAGGGUCACAAGAGAAGAUGCCUAUAUAAGGACUGUCAGUGUCCCAAAUGUCAAUUGGUGGAGGCCAGAAGAGACAUAUCUAAACGUCAAAUUGCUCUGAGGAGACUACAGAUUGAAGAAGAGAAUUAUGGU